AUACUGUAUACCCCUCCAUUUCUUGACUCUUUCUCUCUCCCCUCGGCAUGUCAGAACAACCACAGCAGUCAGAAGCAGCGCGGAGAGCAGCAGCGCGUAAGGCAAAAAUACUCGCAAGGGGAAACUCAGGCCUUAACAAGCUUGCACAAUCAGCCAGAGGCGAAGAGGCACAGAAGCUCUACCCCGAUAACCCCAAUCCCUCUUCACAUGCCUCCACCCCCAGUGCGGAGCAACAGCCCAAGCAACCUCAAUGGGCUCCCCCGCCUUCCUCGUCCACCCCGCCCUCCUCACAACCCCAGAUGUCGUCUGACCAAGCCGCGAUGGCUCGUCAACUUGAAGCCAUGAUGUCCAUGUUUGGAGCACCCGGCACUCAGUCAUCGGGCGGAGGAGCAGAAAUGCCUGAUAUGUCCAGGCUCCUUGCGCAGAUGAUGGGCGACCCUUCACUUGCUUCGGGUCCUAACGCGCAAGGUCAGGGGAUGAUCGGCGAUGUCGAUGAUCCUGCAGGACUGGGCGGUAUGGGUCCCGGAGGCAUACCUUCCAACCUGUCUGACUUAUUUGGUGGAGCUGGUGCUGGUGGCCCGUCAUUUCCGGGCUUUGGCGAUGCUGGAGUAGGCCAGAAGCAAGGCAAGGGGAAAAUAGAAAAGUACUUUCCCCUUGCCCAUUUCAUCUCUGUCGUACUGCUAGCCAUCUUUGCAGUGAUAUGGUGGGAGCCGGCUUUAAGAAUGACAGCAGCAUUUAGGACCGAAAAUGUCUGGGCGGACAGAUGGGCAGGGUGUGCUGGAAGGGUCAAGGGUUUGGGCGAGGUGGAGGUGCUGCCAAUCUUUUGGGCGUUUGUGACUGUGGAGCUUAUCCUCCAAACGUCUCGCCUGAUGAUUUUCAAAUCUCCUCCCGCGCCCCAUUCCCUUCUCCAGAAUUUCCUCCCGGUCCUUCCUCCCUCUAUCUCUCGCCCACUCCUCACUGGCUCGCGAUAUCUCAACCUCUUCUCGCAGACGUACAAGGACGGUUGUUUACUUGUAUUUGCGAUUGGCACGACCGUUGUGGUGGCGGAUUGGUUGAGAGGCUCCCUCGUUGUUUAGGUAAAGUAGAGUGCACUUUUGGACACGAAAUUGUCAACGCAUUAAGGGUCAAAUGGAUCAUGCAUGGCAAAUAAACAUCUUUACCAACUUAU